AUGCAGCCCGCUGUACGUAAAGGCCUCAUCAUUGAACCGGCAUCGGCGCCAUUUGUCAACUAUCAGGAUCCCAUUUGCGUACAAGACGAUCUGGUCUUCCCGGAUUUCUCCCAAGAGGCUUCGCUGCAGUGCAUUGACCAGCAGCAGCCACGACUACAAUCCCCUUUUCAGUACCAUCCGCACUUCCAGUUUGUCUCUCCGCCAUCUUCCGCGCCUUCGUCGCCGUCUUCGUCACCGGCCUCUUCCAUCUCCCACCUUCCCGUCUCCACGGCCAUUGCCGCGGACUACCCUUCUGCCGUCUUCGACGGCAACUCUCUCGAAGCUCCUUCGAUGACACCUGCAUCUUCUUACAACCCUUCAUAUCACUUCCAACCCUCAGCUUCACCACCAGUGUCUCAACCUUAUUUACACCAAUAUCCACAUCAGUAUCUCUUCAACAGCAGUCCAAUGUUAACACAGCAACCUGUCGCGAACAACCCCGCUUGGGAAGGAAACCUGCUAUUAAACCCAGCUCGCAUUCCGAACAACGUCUCCCGCACAGCACAGUACCCCCAGAAUUCGCACCCGAAAACGUCAUCCAGCUCAUCUUCAAGCAGAUCAGCGCCGGCGGGCAGCUCAUACCAAAGGAGCUCUAACGGUGUCCCUGUGUCGAAGCCUCUACCCACCCCUGUUCAGACCCCCGUACAGAACUCCUUCUUGAGUACCACUUUCCAGAACUACGAUCCAUCGUCGCAUGAUGGUAGUCAUCCUGAAGCAGAGAUUUCUAUGAGACGGGCUAUAGUGGAGCAGCAACAGAAGCAACACCAACAGCAACCGUCAAGCGACUACUCUCUGCCAGCUUCGGUAUCUAGCGUGAGCCACAACUCACCGGUCACUCCACAGACGAACAUCGAAGAACUCGACGACGCGUCGAAGUCGAUGGUCCAUGGUGAGAAAUAUCCUGUGAUAGAAACGUGGAUGGAUGACUACUUACACCUCGAUUUCCUUCCAGACUACAGUGUCAACAACGGAAACAACAUGUCGGUUGGAAUCCCCAAGCUCAAUCGCACCAUCUCGGACAUUUAUCAAGACGAGCUCUAUAACCCCAUGAUGCCCAUGCCACAGGUUUCUAAGCCAACUACGAACAACCAGCAGAACCUCUUGACUCCCUACCGAAAUGUCUUUGCGGAUCGGCUCCAAGCUGCCAACCAAGGUCAUAUGUCUGCACGCUCCCAAUCGCCCACGUCAGGCAUCAACCGGGGGCGUUCUCCCUUCCGGCAGAACUCUCCUUUGGCUGCUGAAUAUAACAACGCCGCCCUCCAACAGCCCCAGAUGGCGACUAGCAUUCCUGUGUCCCACAGCGCAGUCAAUGCUGGCCAGUCGCAAGGAGGCCAGGGGGAGUCAAACACGAUGUCGCCCAAGGAUGCAUUGUUGGAUUUCCACGAAGGCGAGGAAAACGACCUGUCGCUGUUCCAACCCAAUCAGUCCGACUUCAACCUUAGUGAGGCGCUGGGACUACGCCGCGAUAGCUCUUCGUCGUUCCCACAAGCGCAGAACUUUACGUCGAUGGAAUCGUUUCCCAGCCAGUAUACUACGCAAGGUGGAAUGAACCAGCAAUAUCCAUUUACCCAGCAGCAACAAGACCGUCAGCAGCCACCCCAGCAAAACGACCUCCUGCACCAGACCCCCGAGUUCCCUGCGUCUCUCCCGAACUUCGACUCGACCGGGAGUGAUGUGCUUCCCAGCACCGAAAUUCCCUCCCCACAGGCUCAGUCGAAGGUAUCGAUUCACCCUGUCACUGAGCGGAUUACUCGGCCGGAAAAUACUUCCGCCGAUAGUGGAACCUACACCUGCACCUAUCACGGCUGCACUUUACGUUUCGAGACGCCGGCUAAGCUCCAGAAGCACAAGCGCGAGGCCCACCGCCAGACGACUCCAGGAGGUCACCUUGUCGGUCGUGAUACUUCGUCUCGCAACUCGCAGGCAGGCCCCCACAAAUGUGAGCGGAUUAAUCCGUCCACAGGGAAGCCGUGCAAUUCGAUUUUCUCCCGGCCUUACGAUCUCACACGGCACGAAGACACGAUCCACAAUGCGCGCAAGCAAAAGGUUCGCUGUCACCUGUGCACGGAAGAGAAAACAUUCUCACGCAAUGAUGCGCUCACCCGGCAUAUGCGUGUGGUGCAUCCGGAAGUCGAUUGGCCAGGCAAGCAGAGACGGAAGGGCAGGGACUAA